GAGAAAACAGAACAUGAUUCAAGUGCUGAUACUUCUUCUGCUGCAGCAGGCAGAGAAAGUGAGUGCUGCCUGGUCGGUGACCUUUGAGAACCCAAACAUUUGUGCUUUGAGGGGGUCUUCGGUGGAGUUCAGGUGUUCGUACAGCUACCCAGAAGAGGAAUCCGUCAGAGAGACGGCAUGGUACAGAGGAAUGAAUCAAAAUGGCGUCUGGGAACGCUUCAGGCUUUCAGACCUUCCGUCAUAUAAUGGACGAUUUGAGUAUCAAGGCGAUCAUGCACACAACUGCAGCCUGGUUUUACGUGACCUGCAGGAGAACGACACUGGAUAUUACUACUUCUGGUUUGACACAGAUAAGUUUGGACGGCGCAGUAAGACGUCAGUGUUUCUCUCUGUCACAGGGCUGAAAGCCAGCGUACGCCCCGACAGAGCGAGACUCGGAGACACCGUGACCCUGGACUGUCAGACAGAGUGCCAAAUCGCCAAAAUAAUCUGGUUCAGAGACGAACAUCCGGUGGCAGAAUCAACGUUUCAGGCUCGGACUACAGAUACCGGAAACUAUUCAUGUGCUUUUGAGGGGCUAAAAUCCUCGCAAUCAAAUCCUGUGGCUCUGGAUGUUUGGUAUCCUCCGCUGAACGUGUCCGUUGAGGUGAUCCGCUCUGACCCUCUGCUGGUCGGCAGCAGCGUGACUUUGACCUGCAGAGGUUCUGCCAGCCCUGCUGCAAUUACUUACACCUGGUGGUACAGCAGUGACGUCUCCAACUCCAGCACCGAGCUGCAGGUGGGCUCAGGGCAGGUGCUGAGCAUUUCCCCCGCUGAGUUGACCCACACUGGGACGUACAUCUGCCAGGCCCAGAACCGCGCGGGCCAGAGCCGUUCAGCUGAGCUGCUGCUGGCGGUGGAAGAAACGGGUUUUUUUCCCCCAGUUCAUCCUUUAAUUGUCCUUGGAAUUGGAAUCAAAGCGAUUAUUCUGCUUGUGCUGCCACCGAUUCUCAUCUGGGUCUGGAAGCGUCGGUCUCAUUCUGAUGCAAAGAACGAAGAGAAUACCAGCAAUGACUAUGAAAAUGUGAUUUUUGGAUGAAAGAACAACUGCUCUAAAAUCCCUGGCAUGAGCAAGGAAACAAAGGGAAGGAAUCAAAGUAACUUUGGCUGCCAAGUCUCAACACGUGGACAGAAAAUGCUUCCUGAUACUUAUCUAAGCUGCAUGGACGACCUGCAGUGUCAUUUUAUGUUUUCUGUGCAACAUUGAAUGGACUUUGAACGUAGAAUGGAUAUUUGUUAUUUCAAACAAUACUGAUGUUUUUUAUGUAAGUUGGUUAUUUGUACGUUAAUUCAAACAUUGGUUUCUGCUGCAGUCAUUGUUCAGUUUUAAGAUACGCUACACUGCCCCCUUGUGUUUGAAUUAAUGUCUGCAUAUCCCAGCAAGCAUAAAAAUGUUCUGUCACUUUGCCAACUAUUAUGUGUUCUCCUAUAGAAAUAUUUAGGAAAUUUGUCCAGUGGUCUCGAUUAGACCCGAUAAGGUUUAUCUUUUAUUAUAGUUUGUUUUUAAUGAUAACUGACAUUUUAUAGCUUCACAAAUGUGUGGUUUUUUUAACGCACAUAACUUUCACACCUUUAAUUUUUAUUUUAAAUUUAUUUGACAAGUUGUACUUUCCAUAAUGUGCGACUGGAUCUCAAAGAUUAAAAUGAGAAUUUACUGCCUGGAAAAGAGAGAAACGGAAAAAAAAAUAAUAAUAAUAUAACUUCCUUCACACACAAAAAAGAGAGCACCUUACAUAAUCAGUCUUGGUUGAAAAGGCCUCUUGUAAAAAUAAACUGAGACUAAAAUCUCCAACUGCAUCCUGUAGCUGAUUGGGUGGGACGCAGGUUUUCAUCCUCGCCCUGCUUUUCUGUUUUCUGUCAUCAUUAUUACACUAAACACGAAACAUCAAGUUUUCAGUAAGAGCCUCUUCAGAAAAUUGAAAAUAGCUUUCUUAUACAAGUCAUGUCAUUCGUGGUCUGGAGGACUUCCUGUAUUCACAUCUGUUUUUUGCAACACUUCCUUCACAAUACCCAUGUAUUAGAUCACUGGGAAUAUUAAAACUCAUUUUAU